UUGAAGGCAAUUCCUCAUCCCCAGUCUGUCACCAGCAAGGCCCCUGAAAUGGGGGUUGGCUGUUAACUGGAAUCUCUUGGAAACAACAGUCCUGCUCCAGCAGAUCAGUGGGCAUGAAGAAUGCAAAAUUCUCCACAAUUCAGAGCCUGCAAAAUUUCAGACACCUCCAGGAAAGUGGAGGAUGCUGUCCCUGUCCCAUGACAAGUUCUCUCACUUGUUCACAAAAAGGCUUUCUGUGCGUGGAAAGGGGAGCAUCCCACUUGCUGUCUGCACAGAUCCAUAUCCUUUGGGCAGGUUGUGCAUGCUUGGAGGGACUGCCAAGCCUGCAGACAGAGCAGCACCCAGCCCCAACUAAUACUUUGCCAUCCCAGCGGGCUUGGGACGUAGGAAGGAAAAGGGAAGAAGAAAAGGAAGAAAAGGAAGGAAAAGAGGAGGGGAGUUCCGGAGGGGGCCGGACGGUGGGAAGAGCAAACAAGUAGGGAGGGUAGGGAGAAAGCGGAAAAAAAGGAGGAGAAAGGGGAGGAGAUGAAAGACAAGGGGAGAAGGGAGGAUCAGCCGGGGAGGAGGCGAGAGGCCGGGGAGGAGAGGAGGCAGCCAGCUCGGCGGAGAGGGAAGGGACGGGACCCGGCGCCCUGCGGGCCAUGCGUCUCCUGGCCACGGCGCUGGCCGCCCUGCUGGCCUCGGCCCCGGCCCCAGAUGUUUGUGAGGCUUUAAAUGUGACAGUGUCUCCAGGACCAACAGUGCGGUACUCCGAGGGAGAUAAUGCUACCCUUUACUGCCACAUUUCUCAAAAGAGAAAGAUGGACAAUUUGCUGGCUGUGCGGUGGGUCUUUGCUGUGUCACCCACUCAGGAGUAUUUGAUGAUCAAAAUGACCAAAUUUGGGUCUGUCCAGUAUUAUGGGAAUUAUACUCAUCAUUUCCACAAGCAAAGACUUCGUCUUCUUAAAGAAAAACAUGGAACUAUGUACAAAUUUCUUAUUCUAAGCCUCCAACAAACAGAUCAAGGACAUUAUAUAUGUAAAGUUCAGGAAAUUGGAAAACACAGGAAUAAGUGGACAGCCUGGUCAAAUGGUACGGCAGCUACUGAAAUAAGAGUGAUUUCAUCAAAAACUUCUGAUGAUCCCACUUACAAGAAAAAACAUGAAGCUUGGAAGUUUUUCGAAGAUCUGUAUGUGUAUGCAGUGUUUGUGUGCUCAAUAGGAAUCAUCAGUGUUCUCCUUUUUACACUCGUCAUUCUCUGUCAGUCACUUCUGAACAAGAGGAGAUGCACAGUGAAGCAUUACCUGGUGAAAUGCCCCCAGAACAGCUCAGGAGAGACUGUGACCAGUGUGACGAGCAUGUCCCCUCUGCAGCCCAAGAAGGUGAAGAAAAGGAAAGAAAAAGCAGAGCUGCCACCAGCCAUCCCAGAAAAAGCACCAAUACCCAAUAUUCCUAAGCCCAAGCUCUUGAAACCUCAAAGAAAAUUGAUCCUGCCAAAAAUCGCUGAGGAGAAUUUAACAUAUGCUGAACUUGAACUUAUGAAGCCGAUUCAGGAGGCCAAAGGCAUUCCCAGUACGACAGUCUACGCACAGAUACUCUUUGAGGAGAACAAGCUGUAACAGUUCAUGCCUGUAUAACUGUCCUUUGUCUGUGUUCUAUUUAAUUCUUGCUGUGCUGUUUAUUUAUAAAGAUCAUACAAAUGUCCAUAUUUUUUUAUUGACAUUCAUGUGCUUUUGUAUUUCUAUAUGACUUUUAAACAAAACGUAGUUGGAAGUAAUCACAGAAUAAGCAGCUGAUUGACAAGUGACAUCCCAGAGACACCCUUGCAGUGUUUGUCCCCUCCAUUUUACAGAGGAUGAAGCUCCACUUCGGGCAUUUUCAGUGCUGAUCUUCAUUCCUUCUUCGACACUAAUGUGACAAGUCCAGCUGCAAACAUGAGCCACCUCAGAAAUACCAGCAGCAGGAUCAGAGCACAUCAACUCUCCACCAGAGAAAGAAUCACUGACCAGAAGUUCAUCAAAUUUCUGCUGUUCAUCCCAUUAGAAAAAUAUUAAUUCAGUAAAGUUGAAUUUUUUUUUCCACAGAAAAUGGAAAUCUAGAAUUACUUCUUCUGCCUUCUCUCGGCUCAUAGUAGUUAUCAGAAAGUUUGGUUUCUGUAUUUCCAACUUCCCUUUCUAUGUACCUUACUUAUGUACUUCAAAUCAAACACUUCAAAAUAAUCCAAAGGAAACAUUCCUUGUUAAACCACACCAAUCUGAGGAAAAAUAUUUAUAGCUUGGGAAUAUUUUGCAGGAUUUGAUGCUUUUAUAGUUCUGGUUGAGAAUCGGAAAAAGCUGACUGUAUGAAACUUCCACAGAACCAGGACACUGGUUUUGGCCUUGCUGUAGGCUGGUGCUCCUAAACCUGCAAAAGUUUCCUCCCAUGGCCUAUUAGCAAGUUUCUGCUGUGAAAGGAAAAUCACAGAUCAUCUCCUUUAGCACAGAGCAGACUCUGUAAUACCGUGCUUACUUACCUUGGAGUCCUUUCUCUGGAAAGGCUAUGGCUUGGAAGGUGGGAAACUGGGCUGCAAAAAUGUUCUUCUUGCUUCCCCUCUUGCUAGCUGAGAAGGGAUUCUUCCUUUUCCUAUGAUAUCCAUUGGUGAAAAUUGGUUAUUCUCUGGCAUGCCAGUCGUGAAAGGACUGAUGUUUUCAAGCUCCUGAAUUUGCAAUGCUCUGUCUCCACUCAUGGUUGGGGUUGAACACCCAGCUCCUUUCUGCUGUUGGAAGCUUUAACCCUUGAGUAACUGCAGAGUUAAUAGGGACAUAAAAGCAUGGGUUCUUUAGCCCACUCUCAGGCCUGGAUAUCUGAUGUUCAGCACAUGCCAGGUGUUCUCCAGGCCUGCAUAAGGCAGAGGCAGCCCCCUGAUGGGCAUUCAUUCAGCAGCAUGUGGGUUUUUGAGUAGCACUGGUGGGCCACAUGCUUUGAAACUCUUAAGUUGAUUCAGGUACCUUCUUCCUUCACUGGUCAGAUCUUUAUAGUGACACUUAUAGUGACACAGCAAGUUCAUGCCAGGGCUCAGAGCACAGCUGGGAAACCUCAUGUUGCUGCUACUGUUAGCACUUGGGAGCAGAGGACAAUAGCAACACUUCAGGGAGGACCAUGCGACAGAGAAGAGCAAUCUUUGGAUGACAAGUCCAUAUAAACUGUUUUUAAACUUUUCUUGAAUGGGGAUAGAGAUUAUAUGUCAUACAUAAACACCUUGCAGACAGGUUGAGUAAAUGUAAAAUGCAGCCACCCGUUUCCAUGCUAGUUGAAAACUUCUUUCAUAAGAGAAGAAUUCAAGAUUUGUCAGGCUGGCCUUUGUGUACAGUACUAAUCCCACCCCUAGCUCCUCACUGAAGUGGUUCUUUCCAAACUAAAGCCUGCUUUUGUUAAUAGGUUUAUUGCUAGUAAUUAUUUGCAUUUUUUAUGUUUGGGUUCAUGAGCUGUCAAGGAUGUUUGUUUUACCUUCUCAUUACUGUAGGACUUUAAUCAUCCACCAAAACAACAUGGCAUCAUUCUUUAUUCUCUCAUGAGCUUUCAGCUCAUUGACCAAAAAAACCCGGUGCUUAAAGAAUCAUUAAACAUUCAGGGAUACAUUCUGUAACAUCCAGAGUCUGAAUAUUCAGAGAAGAGAGCUGUAAGGAAAGCAUUAGAAAGUUACAGGACUUAUUAGUAUUUUUAAUUCCAAAAGAAUUACAACCCUAGCACAUUACUAAUUUGGUCACUUAAUUGCAAAAACUACACGUUUGGUAAUAUAAACAUUGCUUUUAUAUUCAGCUGGCCAUUAUGUCCAUUGUUCAGACAAGUCCUCUACUGUAUGCUUAUGCCCAGUAUUUUAAUGAAUACCAUUCUUUGUGUAUUAAUAUCUAUAUAUAUUCUUGUUUAUGUUUUAUAUCUAAUUCCCCAAAAUAAUAGUUAAUUGAGCUAAAUAAAUUACCUUUUUUGUUGAGAUAAUUUCUCCCAGUCUGUGUAGGAUUUAUUGCUUUUAGAGAACAAUAUGAAUAUAAUUAUUUGUCCAAAUGCAAGACACAAGAUGAUCUCAGUAGGUGAGAACCAAAUUUUUCAUUCUGCAGAAAAUUCCAUGAUUUUUAAAUGUUUUCCAUUUGUGACUGAUGUAAAUCACAGCAGAAUCCUGACAGCUGAGCAAGAAGAGUCUGGAAACACUACUUAGAUAACACCUGUCUUCAUGAGCAGAUAUCUCCUAAGCUGCUUCUUACACAGUAUCCACCCAGAUUUACUAGUAUCGAGUCAUUUUACUGGAGAAAGUAAAACAUCAUCCUUCCUCUUGCAAGUAAUUGUGCAUCUUUAUGUUUCAAAGGAAUUCAGUUCUACAGAGAAAAAACUUUCAUUGAGUAUAACCUAGUAGAAAUACAGAAUAAACUGGAUUUAGUUCCUUCUAACGUAGGAAAUGCAACGUAGAAUUCACUCUGACCUAACUCCAUCAUGCUUAAGCAGAAUAGCAGCAGAGCUGAAUAUGGUCCACUGUUUUUUACGACAGGAGCUCCCAUGAAGAUUCUUAAGACCCUAUUAAACAGCGGUUGAAAUCUGCUGAGUCAUACGAUUUUGGUUACUCCUUCUGUUGUCAUUGGUAAAACACGGCCCAGUGCUGAAAUUUUAACAAAUACAGCUCUAUUAGCUUCAGUCCAAUUUAGUGUCAGAUUGUUAAAUGUUAAUGUACUGCACCCUAUAGCUGUAAACAGAAUUAGAGAUGUUUACAGCUUUGGUUAAAUGUGCCUUGUUCCCCCACAUUAAAUUUUAUUACCAGAAUCCUCCACCAGCAAAUAGGAGUAAAUCAUAUUAGUGUUGCAGGCUGUGUAGGGGUUGAUUUUGCAGCCCAAGGAAGGGGAGUUUUUAAUCACUCUUUAUUACAACUUUCUAAUGGUAGGUGUGGUUGGAAUGUCAUUAUCUCUGUAAUUACAAGCAAAUUAUUUGUUUUAGAAUAACAGUAACAGAAUAGUGGAAUUCUCUUCUUUAAGAAGUUCAAACAACUUAUAUCCUUAGCCAGGGUUUGGCCAAGUUCUGCUGGCAUAGAUGGACUCCGAUCAGGUGAAAUUUUAUUUGAUCUUUUAUACAUUGGUCACAGUCUGUUGAUUAUUUAUUUAUUUACUUUGAGAUCUUUUCCAAAUCAAAACUGGUAAGCAACAUCAUAGUGCAAUGAUCAU